CAGAUGGAAAUUAUGCAAUGAUGUUCUUCUGCACCUGCAAGUCCCCCUCCCCUGCACACACACAUAACACAUUGAUAGUACACGGGAGGAGGACAUUCGGGUGGAGCAGCGUUGCGUGCUGCAGCGGAUACUCUGUAGGUCGUUAACGCGCGCGGUUCGUAUGUUGCAGAACAGGUGUAGGUCAGUGUGUGUGUGAAUAAGAGAGGCGACAAUGAGCCGUAGCUGGUGUGUCUGUGUGUGAGAGGAGCAGGAGUAGAAGAGAGAAAGAGAGAGACAGACAGACAUGGAGGACUCUGAGUCCGGUGGAGAAGAUGGUAUGGUCGGCGGCUGGCGGUGGAAUAACCGAAACACCGGAGCUCGAGACCAGACUCAGCUAAGGCAGAAGAUCCGGGAUUUACCGGGACUGUUGAAACAUGGACUGCACCUAAGGAAGAAAAGCCAGUCACCGGAUACCAUCCCCGGACCCAGCACCAGCCCUACUGUUCACAAGUCCUGCUCCCAGAGUUUCCCGUGUGCAGGGCGUGCGGUGAGGAAUGCGUUCCUGUCUCAUGGUCCGUACCCUGCUAAAGACAAGAUUCACCUCGCCAGGAUCAUAAGGCGGAGCUACGUGGGCGUAGAGCUGGUCCAGUGGCUGUGUGAGCAGUGUGUGUACGUGCGCUGUCGGAGUAUGGCCAUGCGCGUCUGGCAGGUCCUACUGGAGCUGGGCAUCCUACUGUCUGUGGACCAGCGUGUGGUGUUUGGGGACUCUAACUCCUACUACCAGUUCAGCUUUGAGGAGUGUGAGUCUGCAGCCUGCGAGUUUUGCGGCCUGGAGAAGGAGGCGUGGCCAGAGGCUGUUAGGCUCCUCCUACAGCUCGUCCCAUACGUCCAGUUUAGAACUGGGUCUGAGGAGGACUCGGAGGGGAACAGAGAUGUCUGUGGGGACAGCUUUCUCCAGAUGAAAGCACUAGAGAGACUCACCUCCACGGUCCAGAAUGAGUUGGCUGCUGCUCUUGCCCGCAAGGCUCGCAAAGCCAUGGCAGAGCAAGAUGGCCAAGAGUCACCAGACUCCACUCCUCGACAGACACCCACACCCAACGAGGAGAACACCAUGUCCCGUUCCUUACAGCUGGGUGGGGGGGAUGUGCGGCCGGACGGUGUGUGUGGCCGCGAGGACCUGACCAGACUAGAGCUGGUCCAGAGACUGGCUGCAGACAGCUGCAGACUGCUGCAGAACCAGAACUACAGAGUACAAGACAACCGCAACCCCACCGGAGAGGCAGUAGGGAGGGUGUGUCUUAAGGAAAGGGGUCGGGACGUCCUUGUGCUACAGAGAGUGCCAUCAUCAGUGACAUCACCUAACCCCGCUUCCUCGCCAUCAUCAGUGACAUCACCUAACCCCGCUUCCUCACCAUCAGGGGGAGGGGCCAGAGAGGAGGACGGAGAGAAGAGGUAUGUGGUGGUGUCUGGAACACCCCUGAAGAUUCUAGAACACCUGCUGAGUGACCUACGACUGGAUGACCAGAGAGGAGCACCGGAGAGCAGAGUGUCUGAGCUGCUGCUGGAUGACUUCCUGUUGACGUACCUAGUGUUCAUGACGACCAACGACCUCUGUCAGGCCCUGCUCGGACACUACAGCAGUAAGCGUGUGCAUGGUCAAGGUCAGGAGGAUGGAAAGGAGGCCCUCUAUAGGAAGAGGAAAGUAUUACACCUAGUUGCUCACUGGACACGCCUAUAUAAGGACUUUCUACGAGAGGACGAACACAUCAAGGCAUUCAUGAAGACUCUCUCCAGGUGUGUGUUAGAGGAUCUUUAUGAGUUUCCGUCUCUGGAGAAAGACAUGAAGGAGUUCCAGAAGCUUCUACGACGUAGACACACAGUGGAUGAAUGUCCUCCACAACAAAAGAGUAAGCCUCUGUUCCAGCAGCUCAGUUUAAAGGAGAACAGUCUGCCACUCCGCUUCCCUCGGGCUGACACCAAAGAGGUGCUGUGUCGUGUGUAUGUGAGUGCUGAUUCGUACCUGUGUGUUUACACACACUCUUUGCUGAGCGUGGCAGAGCUGCUGAGGAUUGUGGGUCAGAAGAUGGACCGACCAGAGGAGGACAUGGUGCUGGUGACACACACACCUACUGGAGAGAGGAGGAUGUUACAGGCUGGUCAAUAUGUGUAUUCUGAGACUUUGGCGCCACAGAGCAAACUGAUGGUCUGUCGGAGGGACCUCACACAUAUUAUGGCCCCUCUAACAGACAGUGAGCUGAGUAAGAGAACAGUGAGGUUGCUGGGUAUCAACACCUGGGAUAUGGCUGCUGUUCUCACACAACUGGACUGGAACCUCUUCAACUCCAUACACGAGCAGGAGUUGGUGUAUUCUACAAUGAGCUGUAGUACAGGAGGCAGCCACCGGGAGGGGCUAUCUGUAUUGCUGCAGCGCUGCAACGAGGUCCAGCAGUGGGUCAUGUCUGAGGUCCUGAUGUGUGUGUCACUCAACAAACGAGUCCAGCUGCUCAAGAAGUUCAUCAAGAUUGCAGCGCACUGUAAGGCCCAAAGGAAUCUGAACUCAGCAUUUGCCAUCAUCAUGGGACUCAACACAGCAGCCGUCAGCAGACUCAACAUAACCUGGGAGAAAGUUCCGGGGAAAUUCAAGAAGAUCUUCUCUGAACUGGAGCUGAUUACAGACCCAUCUCUGAACCAUAAGGCCUACAGAGAUGCCUUCAAGAAGAUGAAGCCUCCUAAGAUCCCCUUUAUGCCCCUGCUGUUGAAAGACAUCACCUUUAUCCACGAGGGAAACAAAACCUUUCAGGACAACCUGGUCAACUUCCAGAAACUGCACAUGAUCGCCGACACAGUGCGUCUGAUUCGCCACUGCCAAAGCGACCAACUCGGUAACGAGGUGGUGGGGAGCGACAGUGCAGAGGUCAGGGCGAGCGUUCACUACCUCCACAUCAUCGACAAUCAACAGACACUGUUCCAACUGUCACACAAGCUGGAGCCUCGCGCCUGAACACACACACAGAAAAUACACUUUGUGUUGAAGGUGCCAUGCAAGCCACCAGCUCUUAGCCAAUCACAGUUCAGCAUCCUGAUUCAGCCAGCCAACCACAGAGCUGCACACUGAGACGGCGUUCAGACUGAAAAUGUAUAUCUGUCAACCUGAUUCAGACUGUUUUUCUAUGAAGGUCAAACUUUGACGGACGACAAAGACCAAGGAGAAGACAGACGGCCAUUCUUUAUUGUUCUGUCAUUAAUACUGUUUUUAAGCUACUCUCCAGAGGAGUUUGUACAGUUACUGAGAUUGUGUUUCUGGUCUUAAGUUAACAGUUAGUGUCAUUGUAUAUUAAUGAUCCUCAGUAGGGAAACAGUCAAAAGACUGUAGAUAGUAACUGUUAGUAUAUGACUGGAAAUCAUGCAGUAGACGUACAGCAGAUGUAUACUGUAUGUGUUCAGGCCACAUGGUGAGAUAUGACUCUGGAUGACAGUGCCAAAUGUCCGGAUGGGGGAGAGAUGCCAUAUACAGAUUACACACAUCCCUUUUUAUUUGUAUCUGUAGAAACCACAAAGCCCUCAUCAUUUCUGCUCCUGUCAUACCACAACAUAAAGGUCCUACCUAUUACACAUUGUUAUUGGGCGUUAAUACCACGGUAUUAUAGAGAUUAUUACACUUUUACUGACUGAAGAGCUGUUUCAAUGCCUGUUACACACAGAUUUCACUAAGCAACAUUGCCUUGGUUCAAACCCAGUCAAAGUAUUCAACACUGAUCAAGUACAUCACUGUUAAGGCCUGGUGUAUUCACACUGACUGAUCAAGUACAUCACUGUUAAGGCCUGUGGUAUUCACACUGACUGAUCAAGUACAUCAGAUGCACAGUGCUCAGGUGUGUAGAAGCAGGGCAGUAGUGCUAUAUAACUAUUUAUUGUAAUAUUUUGUUUAUUUAUAUUUCUCUAAGAAUGUGACAGUCCUGUGUGCCAUAUCACACCGGAGCUGUAUAAAGACAGACCUCAGUAAAGAUUUGCAGGACAUAUGUGUAAAUACAUUGAAUUGUGUCCAAAAAGGUUUGCUGGUUGAGCUGAAAUGCUGGAAUGUUUAAAACAGGAGACUAGGGAGUGGAGUUGGUCCAGUGAUUGUUACUGUCCUAUGUAAUUUCAAAAUGGGGGGGGAAGAGAAAAAAGAUGAAUGAAGAAGAGACGGAGGGGUGUUGUUGUUUUCUUGCCAUGAUGAUGUAAAGUUCUGUUUUAAAGAAUGUUGUUGUUUGCAUGACGUGACAACCCCACCAGAUCACAAUGCAAGAUGACACUAAGAGUGUGUCCCAAAUUGCAUCCUAUUUCCUAUAUAGUGCAUUACUUUUGACCAGAGCUAUGUGGCCCUAGUCAAACGUAGUGCACUAUAUAGGGAAUAGGGAGCUCUGGCUAAAAUUAGUGCACUAUAUAAGCCAGGGAAUAGUGUGCCAUUUCAGAUUUGCUCUAAGGCUUGAUACCACUGUAAUAUUGUUGAUUUGUAAAUAUGCAUAAUGUUAUUAUGAUGUUUGAGAUGUUAUUAUUUAUCUGUUUUAAAAGGUAGGCCUACAUUCCACAAUAUGAUGUCUUCAUACACAGCGGGAGAAAGGAAAGGGCAGAGCAGUAUGUUCCCCGUCCCUAACUGCAAAGAGAGGUUUACUACGUCAAAGUUUUACUGGAGAUUAUGUAUGAAUAAAUUAUAGCUUUUAUGUCAUAAUAAACAAUUGUGUCGAUGGUCACUGUCUCUGAAUAUUAUCAGAGAGGAGGACGAGAGGAUGGAGGAGUAGGAGAGAAAUGAUAGAAGAGAGGACAGAAAAUAAUAAAAUAAAACAGCUGUUUCUCAUUUUCACUUCUCAUUAAGCGUGAGGUGACAUCACCACUGCCUCCCUGUGUAUACAUUACAAACCCUGUCAUUUAUUUCAGUGGAAGACAAGUCUUGAGCUCAGCGGGCUAAUUGGUGGUGGUGGGUGUGGAGAAGGGAGAGUACAGCUUCUGCAGGGGCUGGGCCAUUCAGAAUGUGUAAUAGGCUAUGGAAUUUAAAAUAUAUAUAUAAUAAAGGCAAUAAUACCAUCA